AGACAUUUUUUCUUCAACUAUUGAAGCACUCACAUUCUUUCCUGCUGACAGUGAUUACAAACUCAGGGUCAAGUAUUACAUUCAUGCAAAUAUAUAUAGCAAUAGGAUCGGCUGAUCUGAUCGAGUAAUGGUAGUUAUGUUCUCUAGCAGACAAGCACAGCUUGUGGCCAAGCAUACAUUAUCUGCAAUACUAGUACUAGUACUAUUUGCAGCACUUUCUUCCGCAGCUACUCUUCUCCCAGAUGAUGAAGUAAAAGCAUUAGAAGAAAUAGGGAAAGCUCUGGGAAAGAGAGACUGGAACUUCAGUGCAGAUCCAUGCAGUGGAGAGUGGGGAUGGGUGACGUUAAAGCCAGUGAGAGGUUCGGAGAAUGCAGUGACCUGUAAUUGCUCUUUCUCCAACAACACCCUCUGCCAUAUUGUUAGCAUAGUUGUGAAGGCGCAAAAUCUGUCGGGCAGACUUCCAGCAGCUGAAUUGCUUGGACUCCCGUUCCUACAAGAUAUCGACUUCACUCGUAAUUACCUCAACGGCUCUCUCCCUCCGGAAUGGGGUUCUUCCCAACUAGUCAACAUAUCACUUAUUGGGAAUCGCUUGACUGGUUCAAUUCCAAAACAAUUCGGAAAUAUUACUACACUCCAACAAUUAGUCCUAGAGUACAAUCAGCUGUCUGGACCUAUUCCCCCAGAACUUGGAAGUCUCCCUGCUAUAAAAAGAAUACUUCUUUCUUCAAACAAUUUUACUGGGGAGUUGCCAGUAACACUUGCAAAGUUAACUACUUUAAAGGACUUUCGAGCAGUGGAUAAUCGCCUCACAGGAAAAAUACCGGAGUUCAUACAGAAUUGGACAAACAUUGAAAAAUUACUGAUUCAAGGUAGCAAUCUGAACGGCCCCAUACCUUCUGGUAUUGCUCGUUUGACCAAAUUGACUGACUUGAGAAUCAGCGACUUAAAUGGAAUUGAAGGAACUUUUCCACCCCUUAGCCGCUUGAUUAAACUCAAGACACUGAUAUUGAGGAGUUGCAAUAUUGUUGGCCCAUUACCAGAAUAUCUUGGUGCAAUGGAAAAACUGGAAAUCUUGGAUCUGAGUUUUAACAAAAUCAGUGGACAAAUACCAAAAACUUAUAGUGGCUUAUCUGCAGCUGGCUACAUAUAUUUAUCUGGAAACCUGCUAUCUGGACCGGUACCUGAUUGGAUGCUGAAAGGAGGAAGUGAGAUUGAUCUUUCAUACAACAAUUUCGCAUUAGGAAGUUCGGGGACCUCGCAUUGUCAACAAAAGAAUGUAAACUUGUUUGCAAGUUCUUCUAAAGGCAAUGCAUCUGCAAUGGUUUCAUGCUUGAGCUUUCGUUGCCCACGAGAUUGGUACUCUUUCCAUAUUAAUUGCGGUGGACGAGAAGUCACUGAAGGGAUUACAAUAUAUGAAGCCGAUACAGCAGGUGGACCUUCAAUUUUCUCUCAGAGUGGGACUAACUGGGCAUCUAGCAGCACUGGUCACUUCCUGGAUGAUAAUAGCUCUAAAGAUUUAUAUAUUUCGACAAAUACCUCAAGGCUCUAUGGGAACUUGUCCACCUUGUACACGACUGCAAGACUUUCUCCAACGUCACUGACUUAUUAUGGUUUCUGUUUACUUAAUGGAAACUAUACAGUACUGCUUCAAUUUGCAGAGAUCAUGUUUACUGAUGACAAAACCUACAGCAGCCUUGGGAGACGUGUAUUUGAUGUCUACAUUCAGGGAAAGUUGAUGCUAAAGGAUUUUAAUAUUGCAGCUGAAGCAGGCGGGGUCCAAAAGGAAGUUGUAAAAAGAUUUACUGUGGUCGUAAACAGCAGUACCUUGGAGAUUCGAUUGUAUUGGGCUGGAAAAGGGACAACAGGUAUCCCUGUUAGAGGUGUAUAUGGUCCUCUGAUAUCAGCUAUCUCUGUUAAUCCUGAUUUUAUUCCACCAUCGGGUAAAGGAGCAAGCAUAUCAGUGAGCACUGUUGUUGGAAUUGUGGUUGCAGCGGUAUCUGUUGUUUUCUUGGUUUUGGGUAUUCUUUGGUGGAAAGGCUGUCUACGGAGAAAAGACAGAAUGGACCUAGAUUUGAAGAGCCUAGAUCUGCGUACUGGUUCAUUUACAUUGCGUCAAAUCAAAGCUGCAACUAAUAACUUCGAUUUGGCAAAUAAAAUUGGGGAAGGUGGGUUUGGUCCUGUUUACAAGGGACUCUUAUUGGACGGAACUGUAAUUGCCGUGAAGCAGCUUUCUUCAAAAUCUAAGCAAGGGAAUCGUGAGUUUGUUAAUGAGAUAGGCAUGAUUUCUGCACUACAACACCCGCACCUUGUCAAGCUAUAUGGGUGUUGUAUUGAAGGAAACCAGUUACUGCUGGUGUAUGAAUAUAUGGAAAAUAACAGCCUUGCCCGAGCUUUAUUUGGUCCCAAAGAAUUUCAGCUAAAAUUAGAUUGGUCAACAAGACACAAGAUAUGCACUGGUAUAGCAAAAGGUUUGGCUUACCUUCAUGAAGAAUCAAGACUGAAGAUUGUCCAUAGAGAUAUCAAGGCCACAAAUGUUCUUCUUGAUAAAGAUCUUGAUCCCAAGAUAUCUGACUUUGGUCUGGCUAAACUGGAUGAAGCAGAAAAUUCUCACAUAAGCACUCGUGUUGCUGGAACAUAUGGGUAUAUGGCACCUGAAUAUGCCAUGCGUGGUCACCUGACAGACAAAGCAGAUGUCUACAGUUUUGGAAUUGUUGCCCUUGAAAUAGUAAGUGGGAGGAGCAACACAAGUUUCAGGGCAAAGGAGGAGGCCUUCUAUCUUCUUGAUUGGGCCCUUGAUCUGAAGGAGAAGGGGAAUCUUAUGGAGCUAGUCGACGAGAAACUGGAAUCAGACUAUAAUGAAGAAGAGGUGAUGGUGAUGAUCAAUGUUGCUCUUCUAUGUGCUGAUGUCAUGCCAUCAGUUAGGCCACCUAUGUCUUCAGUGGUUAGCAUUCUUGAAGGCGGGGCUAUAAUUGAAGAAUUUAUUUCAGAUGCAAGCCAAUUACGUAAAAAAACAGGUUCCGAUGAAAUAAAGGAGCCAAAUCCAUCGAGCAGUGACACAAGCAUUGUCCAGAGCCUGUCAAUCCAUGAUUCCUGGACCGCUUCUUCCACAUCUACCGCUGACCUAUACCCUGUUGAUUUCGAGUCAGAAUACUGGAAAAGCCGUGAUGGUAAAAAUGACGAGAGUUAAGUUGUCUCUGCCCAUUUCUAUACUACAUAAUGUAAAUUCUUCUCUUGGUUUGUCUGAUUGAGAUGCAUCUUGUUGUGAAUUGCAAAAGCAAAUUCUGAUCUUUGAUUUUGAAAUAGAAGGUGAACCUGGUAAUCAGGCAACUACUUUGUGUGCA